GUUCCGGGGAGGCUCGGCUCUCAGACUGAAGCAGACAAAGGCAGGAGGAGAGACGGCGUGCCGCUAUCCUGCUGCAUAGACUCACAUCCAGCUCCCCUCCCUCUCUCACUCUCACACCCUUCCUCCCUUCUUCACUCCGGCUGCAGCGCAGGGUCUCCAGAACUGAUCCACUAACAUCACAUCCUUCACAACCACCACAGCCACCAUGGAGCUGGACUUUGGGCAUUUUGACGAGAGGGACAAGACGUCCCGUAACCCACGGAGCGGACGGAUGAACGGACUGCCCAGCCCCACGCACAGCGCCCACUGCAGUUUUUACCGUACGCGCACCUUGCAGGCACUCACCAAUGAGAAGAAGGCCAAAAAGGUGCGCUUCUACCGUAAUGGGGACCGAUACUUCAAGGGCAUUGUGUACGCCGUGGCCAACGACAGGUUUCGCACCUUCGAUUCCCUCCUGGCCGACCUCACACGCUCCCUCUCUGACCACAUCAAUUUGCCCCAGGGAGUCCGCUUUAUCUUCACCAUUGACGGAUCACGAAAAAUCACAUCUUUGGACGAGCUGGAGGAAGGGGAAAGCUAUGUUUGUGCAUCAGAGAACUUCUACAAGAAAGUCGAUUACACAAAGAACGUCAAUCCCAACUGGUCUGUGAACGUGAAGGCCUCUGCGAGCCAGAAGAACAUGCAAUCUUUGGCUGCCAAGGCUGCCGGCGAGUCCAGAGAGGGCAAAGACUUUAUCCGACCCAAGCUCGUCACUGUGAUGCGCAGCGGCGUAAAGCCUCGCAAAGCCGUCCGCGUCCUGCUCAACAAGAAGACGGCACACUCCUUCGAGCAGGUGCUCACCGACAUUACGGAGGCCAUCAAGUUGGAGAGUGGAGCGGUCAAGAGGAUCUACACGCUCGACGGCAAGCAGGUUACCUGCCUUCAAGACUUCUUUGGUGAUGACGAUGUCUUCAUCGCCUGUGGACCAGAGAAAUUCCGCUAUGCACAGGACGACUUCUCACUGGAUGAGAAUGAAUGCAGGCUGAUGAAGGGAGCCAAAGCCCAGCGUGGUUCGGUAAAGAGUCCCGGUCCAAUCAAACGCUGCAAGUCGCCUGCUGAUUCGACCAACGGGACCGGCUCCAGCAGCCAAAUCUCCACCCCGAUAUCCAAGCAUUCCCCCACCUCCACCCCCACCAGUCCAGGCUUGAACAACAAGCAGAAGGACCUCUACCUGCCCUUAUCUCUGGAAGAUGAGGACUCCCUCGGCGAGUCGAUGUAGACUUUCUUCCUGCAGCCAGCCUUUCUGGUUGGCCUGAAACACAGAAGUUUUAUACAUCUGCUGCUUUCAUCCUUUGCUCACAGUGCCACCUGUCGAGGAGAACCACUCUGUCUCUCUUUAUUUUUUUAGGGCCUUUGACACCAUUUGCUGCUUAAGAAUAACAAGCUGUUGUCAAAUUCAGUCUAAUCAGCUCAGUUCAGACACCAUAAAUCCACUUGUUUGCUGUUCUGAAUGCAGAGUUUUCCACGUCUCUAAGGGGUGUACUUUUCAUUUCAACUUAGAUGUCCAAACAGCAAAUGGGAAAUACUCAACAUUUUGAUCCACUUUACAUUUUUGUGACAGUCUUUCCGUCCAAUAGUUGAAGGUGUGAAUGUUCAUGGUUCCAUGUCGGAGGAGGGUCUGUUUGGCCGGAUUAGGGCCUUUUCAAACCUGCUGUAAAUACUGUGUACAGCCAUCCAUCCACCAUAACCUCUCUGCUCAGUGUCCGUUUGCUGUGCUUCCAUCAUCUUACGAUGUCUAACCUUUGCUCAACAUUUAACAGGGUCACAGGGUCAAAGUUGAAGAAAAAUCCAACAGUGAUUGUGAUGGUAGUUGAGAUGCAGCUGCUGCUUUUAAAUGAUUGAAAGUUAAAAGAAAUUUAUAAUUUCCGGCCUUAUAUUAUGUAAUAAAACUGAUCAGCAUUCAAGCUGAAUAGAGAAAAAAAAGAAGUGAAGGCAGCGGAUCCCACUCCUCCUGAUGUUGGUGUUUCAUCUACUUUGACUCCUCACAUAAACAGUAGGCUAUAAGCUGUUCCUACCCUCUAUGUUUUCCACAAGAUGCAGUGCAUGAUGUUGACUUGUAUGAAACUUUUUAUGUUGAGCUGUUUUAUUGAAGGACCUUAUGGUACAUAAAAAACAACCAAAGCCGAAUCUAAUGGGCCCAGAAUCCAGUUUUAUUUGAACCUUUCCUAGUUGAUUGAUUCCGUUUAGACCAGUUUCUCACAUCUGCUUUUUGAUCUGAUGUGAACAAUAAAGGUGCCAGGCAAACAUAUUAAUUACAAUUCAUUUUUUUUCUCUCACUUUUUUAAUCCCCUUAAUGCAAGAAACUACAGUAAAAACUUUAGAAAUGUCAUCUGUGAAUGUCAGUCACUGGCUCAUUCAUCAAAAUGCUUUAAAUACUUCGAAAGGUGAACCGCUGCUCUGUCUGAAAUCUUUUACAAUCUCUAACAUGAUUCCUUCUCUUAUUGCCCAGUCUCAACAACAUCCACCUUCCCACCAGCUCUGACAUGCUUGAAGCAAAGCUUCACCACAGCAUAAUUCUGCAAUCACCGUGUUUCUUGGCGGGUUUUGGAUUUAGAGGGACGUGCAGUUUUAUUGCUCCGAGGGCAUUCAUAGAGGAGCUACAUUAAUAUUGAGAUUAUAUUAAAAACAGCUAAUCUUUAUUUUAGCAUUACGGCUACUGCCGGAGAGAAUUGGUUACUCUGGUUUUUAUUUUGUGGCAUCAGGGUAAAAUGGUGCUGAAAACACAGGCACAAAUUUCUCUUUAGAAUCUAAAUUGUUAAAAAGUUGAAAACUAUCUAUCUUAUUCCACUUUACAAAUCUGCUGUUCAACUUUGUUGGUGAAAAGCACAAUAUUUCAAUUUUGUGGUUAUGUGACAGAUUGUGGAAAAGUUUCAAGCAGCGUGAAUCAUUUUUUCUGUGCACCACAGCCGGUGGGGAAAAAAGCCUCAAAGCCAAAGUGUUGUUUUGACCAAUAAAUGAAAUGUAAUUUUUUUUUUUUUUGUGAAAAAGUGAGCACACAUGGAGUUUAUGCAUGACACAUUUUAAACCUUAGGAAUAAAUCAUCUUCAUUAUGGCGCUAAACAGUAGUGGGAUUUCUCCUCUUUUUGCAUGGCUCGGCAUAGAUCAGGGAUCAAGGGAGGGUGAUGGAAAAAUGAUCGCCUAAAAUUUUCAUGUUUGGGUUUGAAAUUUUUAUAAAGCUUAUUAAUUUAUAUUGAAGGUAACUGUGUAGGAUUCUUUGUUUUUUUUUCAUGCUUCUGUGUGCAAAUUUUUUAAGAUCUCCAUAUUUCUACUUCUGUCGUUCUUCUUAUAAUCUAUCCAACUAAAUGUGGUGAAGGGAGUUUUUUUCUUAGAAUGGAAUCAAGCCUGAGAAGUCUCUGAAUCAAAUGACUGAAGCACAAAGCAGGGAGCAACUAAUUCACUAAGAAAACAGAUUUUUACAGGCCAGCCUCUCAAAAUUCUCAACCAACGAUUCUCAGUAGUGAUAAAAUGCUGCAGCUGUGGCAUUAAAAACUAUGCAUUUGGAUUCAAGAGUUGCUAAAGUUAUCUUUAACAGAAAUUGCCUUUUUUAUUGAAGAAGUGCAGAUAGAAAUCAGACUAAGUACUUUUUUUUAUUAGGUUACUUCAGUGUCUGUCAGAUAUUUGUCCAUCUUUACAUGAUGCUCCGCCCGCCUGCUUGAUGAGCUUUUAGAAGAAAAGAAAAAAAAGCAUUUUUUUGUCAGCCACUCAAUGCUGAAGACAAGCCAUCACAAUCUGGUGCUGUAAACUCCACCUUUCUCCUGCAGGGAGCGCUGUUAUGCCAGCACAACAGCUAAUUAUAGCAUAAGCAGGGAUGCAUCCCUUUGACCACCAUUUUGUACCAAAAAAAAAAA